AUGCCCAUUAAGAUUCUGCUAAUCAAACUCAGACGGGCGUGGAUGCGGGUGCAAAUAAGCUAUCGAGGCAGGUACUCCAUCGAAAGGUUCCUGUCACUCGAAGAGUACAUUCGACGGACAUCACGCGCUCGAGUGUUCGUGGUGUGCCUCGGUACCCCAUUGCCCAUGGUCGCCUUUGUUCUGUUGGUGGAGUGCGUGCCACUCCAAGACCCAAACGCUGGCUGGAGCGAAAACAUCGGCAUCUGGGUACGAAGUGCCGUCAUUUGCAGUGUCAUCGCCUUCACGAUGCUCGUAGAGCUCAAGAACUUGAUCGAAGAGGUGGCGAUCUCAGUGUUGCAGACGAUUUUCGUCCUGGUCUGUGUGGUGGUGGUGGAUAUCGCGUUGUGCAUGGCUGUAGCUGCUUACUUGGCGUUUCCCAUUCCAUUCAUGAGCAUUGUCAUGGUGCCCCCGUUGCUCGCUAUUGUAGCCAUUUCUCUCCGGAUAGCGUUCGGUACCCAAACUUUCAAGAAGAUGGUCUCCCACCACGCCCAGAUAUUUGGCUUCGUUCUGUUUAUCAUGGCUCAAGCGGCGACGCUCGUAAUUUACCCAGUGUACCAGGUGCUCUUCAACGCAGUGACGGAUACGAAAUUCGAGUUACCGGUCUUGUUUCUACUGCCAAUCAUCAAGAUUCUCAUGAAAAAUGUUGUGGCUGAGAGCAUCGACUACAUGGAGGACAUGAUGCCCGAGUCGAUCAUCUUCACCGUGGACUUCUUCAAUGCCGUGUACAUGGCUACAUGUAUGCAGCGAACGUCGUCGACCAUUACAGUGGCGACCGUGAUGGCCGUGGACAUUAUUCGCUCGGUUAUAACGCUGCAGAGUCUGUAUGGGACGUCGUACGAACUGCAGCGGCAGGUCAACCGAGAGAUGCGGUGCAGCGGUGAACGGUUGAAUCUGCUUGAAGUGGGCUGCUCAAUCUGCCAAAAUGUCGACAGAUUCGCUAGACAGGAACUCUCGAAAAUUCAACUGCGCUCAUGCCUGCCUCAUAAACUUUCCCAAGCUGGAAAAAUUCAGCUUUCUCGGCUGGAGAACGCAUCCAGAAGAGCAAGCGCGAAUUCCCCUCAUCCGACGUCGCGCAUUCUCCAGAGAACUCUCGAGAUCUUGUUCCGCUCGGAGUGCCUCGUACUGACCGAGUACUUAGGGUCGUUUGUUCCCAUUUGCUACGCGAACUUUGUGUGCGUGAUGGUCCAGCUGCCAAGCGUCCAAUACCAUACAGAGCUAGACGGUAUUACUCCUGCCACCGUUCGAGAUACGGUGCAGUCCGUCUUCACGUACGGAGGGCUCGAGAUCGUGUCCUUCCUGGCACUUUUGGUAGUGAUCCAACGCACGAUUAGCCUGCGCGCGUUAUAUCACUUGGCGUUCGUGCUGGAGACGCAGAUGGCCUUGGUUCAAAGUAAACUGACGGUGUGGAUGCUGCUGACGCUGACCUUCCGGGUGGUGCACUACGGUGCGUUUGCAGAUAGGUAA